UCUUGACAAAAGCAAAAAAGAAUCAGUGAUCAAUGAAGAGCAAAGAUAAAUACUCUAAUACUAUUUUUCUUUUCUAAAGUUUCGAUUGCUAGAGCUCAAACAGUGAAAAUGGAUUCACUAAAUAUAAAAGAACUGUCUUGUCCUGUAUGUCAUGAAAUUUUCAAGGCUCCUGUUGAAUUAUCAUGCAGUCACAAUGUCUGUAAAGAGUGUCUGCAACAGUUGUGGAGAACCAAAGGAACUCGGGAGUGUCCUGUCUGCGGGAGAACAUCCUCAAAAAAUCCUUCCUGUAAUCUUGUGUUAAAAACCUUGUGUGAGUCAUUCCUGAAGGAGAGAAAUGAGAAGCGUUCAGCAGGGUCUGAGAUCUGCAGUUUACACGGUGAGAAACUCAAGCUCGUCUGUCUGGAGAACAAACAGCCAGUGUGCAGAGAUACACAGAAAUAUGCCAAUCAAACAUUCAGACCCAUCAAAAAAGAUGUUCCAGCAUAUAAGGAGGAGCUCAAUACAGCACUGAAGUCCUUACAAGAGAAACUCAAACAUGGAGAAAACCUUAAAAGAGAGUUCGAGAAAACGUUUCAACUUAUCAAGUCUCAAGCUGAAUACACAGAGCAUCAGAUUAAAGAGCAGUUUAAGAAGCUUCGUCAGUUUCUCAGAGAUGAAGAAGCAUCUACGAUCAUUGCACUGAGGGAGGAAGAGGACCAGAAGAAGCAGAAAAUGAAGCAAAAGCUGGAGGACGUGAACAGACACAUCUCAGCUCUUUCACACACUAUCAAAGAUUUGGAAGAGACAAUGAAGGCCAAUGAAGUCUGCUUUCUAAAGAAGUUUCCAGCCACGAUGGAAAGAAUCCAGAUCUCACAGCCGGAUCCACAGAUGCCUUCUGGAGUUUUGAUUUAUAUGCCACGUUACUUGGGCAACCUGCCGUACAGAGUCUGGAAGAAGAUGCUGAACUCUGUCCAAAAGACUCCUGUGAUUCUGGAUCCAAACACUGCUCACCCACGUCUCGUCCUGUCUCAUGAUCUGACUCGUGUGAAAUACAUUUGGAAUGAACAACCAUUUCCUGAUAAUCAAGAGAGAUUUGACUUCUGUGAGUGUGUUCUGGGUUCAGAGGGUUUUAACUCAGGAAUGCACUUCUGGGAAGUGGAGGUUAAGGAGAGUGAAUGCUGGAGUGUUGGAGUAACUACAGAGUCAAACCAAAGGAAAGGACAUGAUUUCUGUAACUCUAAUGUCUGGUGUGUGAAGUAUGAUCCGUACAGACUGCUUGGGUCUGGUUUUCCUAUUGAAGAGCACAUUGUGUGCGUGAGAGUUGAUCUGGACUAUGACGGAGGAACGGUGUCAUUCUCUGAUCCUAUAACUAACACACAUCUACACACAUUCACAACCACCUUCACUGACGUCAUCUUUCCAUUUUUCUGUAAUCUUGAUGAAGUUAAGUGUCUGAAGAUUUUACCAGUUAAACUGUAAAAACAUAAAAAUCACUGAAGCAUCAUCGGAUCCUGCCAAUGAAUAAAUUUAAAUGUAUAUACUUGUGCCAUCCUACAUAUUUACUAUGUUAAAGUCUGAUUUUGUACAAUUUAACUUAACAUAUUCUACAAAAUUUCCCAUUGUACAAUUAAGAUUCAUUGUUGUUAUCGUAAGUACAUGAGCAAAGAACAAAGUUAUGUUGCCCUUUGUUCACCAUCUCACUGAGUGAAGACACUUCAAUUUCUUGAACAAUCCAAUUCCUUAUAACCUAGCUCUUUCUUCCUUUUCUUUAUUAUUACAUUUUCUAUAAAUCAAAAUUAUUCUGAUUUGCUCUCUCAGCAUCAGCUCAUUUGUUAUGUUGGUCUGUCUGCCAGAUCUUCAGGUUUUUUUUUUUUCUGACUCAAGAUAAAGUCCUUAUUUAACUUGAGUGACUGGUGUUGGUUCAGGUCCUUGUCUUGUUUAUCAUGCUUUGUGAGUUCAGUUCACAUUGGGACCAUCUUCAGCAUGUUUGAUAUCUGACUAAUGGAGUAAAAAUGACUUUGGGUUUGGGCUAAACACACUGUAUGACAUGAUAUUGUUACAAUCAUUUUGCCUCAAACAUCAUCAGCAGCAUCUCUGUCUAGUUAGUUUUUUUAAAUCUCCUGUGUACUUAAGUUAAGAGUUGUUGAGGAUUAUUCAGUUCUGUUCCCAUGGUUUUCUGAUUCUCUGUUUUGUUUAUCUUUUUUUUUACUUCAUUAAAUUGAUCUGCAUUUUA